AUGUCUUAUCGUAUAGUAGUCGAAGUUGUGCUUAUGGGUAGGGCCUGGCCUUUUAAAGCAAGGUAUGGUCUUUGGAUGGUAGUUAGGAUCGUAUCUAUUGGAAUAUUGUUGUUGAAUUAUGUCUGUGGAUCGACUGAUAUUAAUAAAAGUGGCCAACAAGACAGUCCAGAUGCGGAACAAGAGCUAAUAGACGUAGCAAAGUCGACUGACUUUAUUCAUAAUCUGAUGUCAUUGGGCUUUCGCUUUGACCUUACGUGGCCAGUCUUUCGGCUUACACCAUACAUUCCUAAGCAAACCCUAGGCCCAGUUUAUGAAACAAAUCCGAAUGUAGUCCUAAGUCAGUCGAGCUCACCACCUAAUAUUCCUAAUGUGGUGGCACACUACUUUGGUGGGAGCUCUGAGUAUAUCAGGUUUACCCUAGGCAGGUAUCCAAAUGUAGAUGCAGCCAGAAAGGUUUUGAGUGAGAUAAGAAAGAUUGCUGUAAUUCGGGUCAAACAGGCUUUUAUUGAUUGUAUACAGGAUAAUCCGCUCUGUCAUCAAGAGAAUCUGCAGAUUAUGUCUCGAGUUGUCAAUCUCUUUGACUGCGAGGUUUUAAAGAUUAAGUCGCAGAUUAGACAAAGUGAUGAUGAACGGACCAACCCGGCGCUUUGUAAUCUCUUUCAAGAGGAAGCACAGAAUACGUAUGAUCAUGCUGAUUAUACAAGGGAGUGUCAGCUUGUUUGCUCGUCUCAGACACAAACUGGUCUUUGGGCGGUGUUGAAUAGUGGAUUUGUCUUAUUACGUCCAAUUAAAGCGGUUUGUUUGGUCGGUAGUGAAUGCCAAAACUUGUUCUUGGUUGGUAAAUUACCCUUAUCUGAUGGCUAUAAUAUCACUGUCUGGACUUGGCAUACUAUAUAUAAUAUUAACUGCGAGUGUCUACCAAAUCCGCCCCCUAAAUGCAACAAAAUCACUAUUAAGGGCCGAUCCAAUCCCCAGAGUAUACUUUCCGGGCUUGAUGAUGCUAUUGCCAAUCACCCAACGAUAGUGCUGGAAAUAGAUUGGACCUGGUUUAAGCAUCUGCGUAAGCACAAAAGGUUCCAAAUUCGAGUUCAUACUAUUUUGGGCCCGGUUAUUUCCUCGUGUUCGCUUCGGCCGGCAUCUAUAAAGCAGUCGGGUGGUGGCCCUAGGAAACCAUGGAUGUUUGGCACUAAGAUAGUUUCCAAAAUCGCUCACAGCAUGGCAUGUGGUCCUUUGUCUGUGUACAAGAAGAUCUACACUCCCGGCGUCUAUGCCAUGCAUGGCUUUUCAGUAAAAGAAGUAGAGAUAAGCUACAUGGAAGGCCGCGGGGAUCUGCACCACACUCUAAAAACACUUCUGUCUCUCGGGGCAUUACUAGAGGUGCCGCACCGUGUUGAAAACAAAGAGGUUACCUGUCUUGGCGAGUCACUUAGCAUCCCCAACUGGAAACUUAAGGAGGCAGUAACUAUUCAACUUACCCACGAUAUGUUAGACACUUUUCUAAACGAGUACAAAUAUACCCACUGUCAGCACUUCUGCCAGAACAUACAUUACACCAGCCUCACAAUCAAUGGGUCUAUAGAACCAAUCAUCGGUUUGGGCCAAAAAUGUAUUGAUCUUCUUAUCUUAUUUCGAAACCUUACUGUCGACAAACUUACUAUUUCGAAUAUCCCUAGUCAAAACAAGAUGCUCGUUAACUUUGACAUAGGUGUUUUCAAAACCAAAGCUUCCAGAAUGGAUAAGUGGACUCUACGUGCAGAUAUCUUGGUGCUUGAUAAUGUCAACGAACGUGUUAUCUACUGGAUGUUGGGUCACUAUAACUUUAAUAACCCCAUAGAAAUACAGAUUCAGAACCAAAACUUCCGCGAUUUGACUAUCAUCCAAGUCCUUUUUCUUCCAAAGGCCCAGGAUAUCACUACACUUGUUUUCAAUGACUUCUUUAGAUUAGCUAAUGACCUCGCCUCCAUCUCAGACGGGACAUUCGAGGACGUUCCCCCGUUGGAAGACCUAGAACAAGAAAAGCUACAAGCCCAUCCCAUCAAAACCUAUAACUUACGCAAACUGUUUGUGCCGCUGAAUAAUAUUGAUUGUAAUAUGUAUAGUGAAACCUUACGCAAGUUUAAGGAGCAUGGCAUUCAAUUUCUAGCUAUCGAAUUCAAAGACUAUAUAGCCAACGAUCCAGCUAACUUUAAUCAACUCACAGUGAGAGAUACAUCCGAGAUAACUAUUUAUAACGUAACUUUAUCAGACUUAAGAGAUGCUUUUAUUACACAACAUAUUCACAACAGCAACCCAUGUGGCCAUUUCCUACUAUCCCAAACCAAACACUGCCCCGUUAAGACGUUGAUUUUACGCUUUACAGACAAACCACUCAUAAUUGAAAGCGACUUAAUAACCAUUGUCCGCUGGGCAGAAUCCCAAUUUAAGGCUUUAAUCCGGCUAAGACUAGUCGAUCUUAAGGUCUCUGAAAGGACACGAGCUCAAAUUUCCUCACUCUACCAUGCCUUCUAUAGUACGACAUUCCUCAAGUACAUUCAAAUAGAAGAUAGCACUAGAAGUAAUUGGAUGCAUCCAUAUGUUCAGCUUCUAAUCAAACCGUCUUCCAUCUAUCGGCCACAGAAGACUUCGCACCACGCAAAACCAACAAUAAGAAACGAACAACAUCUAAUCCCCUUCCACCCAUGGUCAGUUCCGCCGGUAAUUUCAUAA